AUGUCCAACACCGUUCCCACAUGGAGAGAAGCAGAAAUCAUUCAACUCGUCGACUUCGUUGCCAGAGAAGCACAAAACCGCGAAGGCGGUUUCAAUGCGUGGAAAGUAUGCGAGAAGUACCAGAAAGAAACGAGAUCGAAGAGAAAACUGGAAGAAAUUAUAGAAAAGUGUCGUCAGUCGAUAUGCAACCGGCCGAUGUAUUUGGACGAUUAUGACUUCGAUACACGUGUGAAAGUGUACUUUUCGAUGAAAAUUCCCGUCAACAAUUCAUUAAUGAAACUAAUGCGCGAAAACGGCGAGGUGGAACUUGAUAAAGUAAAUGUGAUCGAAAUGUACAGAGGGUGUAAUCGUGGAAUAAAACUUGGAUUCGCAGAUAUCAAAGCACGAGAACCAGAAUCUGAAGAAAAAAUGCUUGAAUUCCUCGCAAAUUUCUCUCGGUACACCAGUCAACCAGUCACAAAUCUAUGUCUAGCUCAAGAAUACAAGAGAAUCACCGGCUGUCGUCAUCUAAUUCCAACAUUAGUUGAGCGGUUUCGGUUGGUUAUCAAGCCAGCAAUCCAAACAUCAAAACAAUACGAUCUUCUCGCUCGAAUUCGUAUGUUGUAUGUCUCGAAAACACCCUUAGGCGACGGAUUUCUUGCCAAAAUACGGAGGAACGCAUUUGUUCAAGUCGACUACAAAAACCGGAUUGAAGUCUACAUAGCAAACGAUGAUAGCUUACAGUUAUAUUGUUUGUCCAAAUAUAGAGAAAAGGUGGCGAUUCCAGUGGCGAAUCGAGACUGGGCGACAUCCGGUAGAGGAGAUGGCAAAAGAGUCGAAGAACGGACUCUAGUUAGGAAAGAAGCUCGUUUCUCUCCGAAAAAAGUUCUCAAUCGUCGGGAAGGAUCAUCAGAUUCACCGCUCUUCCCGAAACCCGUCAACAAACAAAAACGUAUUCAUAUGAGUUCCGAUGAGAGCGAUUCAGACGUCAUUUGCGAUUCUACCAGUAAUAAGAGAGCUGUUACUUUAGAGGCUCAGCCCAAUUGUGUGCCGCCGAAGAAGAUGGAAAAAGCAGUGGAAAUCCCACAACCAGCUGUUCCAGAAAAGGAAAUAAAACAAGAAGAAAAUGUCGUAAGAGAUUUCGCUACGUAUCUCAAUAGAUUACUCGCGAAAAACAAUCCACAAAUCAAUCAGAACACUCUUUUGAAUCCGGAUCAAUUAGUUUACAAUGUCCUCAAUAGAGAAAUAAAACAAGAGGAAACUGACACUUCAGACCGUAGUUGUCCCAGUGUGACGAAUGGAACGAUGACACCUUCAGCAGUUGGAUCACCGAGAAAAGAUUACUAUGGGGAUAACCAACAUUUCUUUGUAAAUCAUGGCUCCACGAGUACACGAGAAUUUCUGAAAUUACUUCGUGGUCUCGUUUUGACAAUGGAUUCGCCUAUGCUUGAAUCAAUUGGACUUCUUAUUCAGCGAACAAUUGAUGAGUGUGGAGAUGAGAAAGUAUUGAUUUCCGACGUUGUACUCGCUCUGAAGACAAUUUUCCGUAUGGUCAUCAAAAAGUCAUCAAACAAUGAGCCCGAAGAGACGUCACUGAGUGCUACCAAGCUACUGACACUGCUCCAAAGUAUCGUAUUCAGUCUCGAUGCACCCGUCACUUUGGAACUUCGGGAUUCGGUUAGAGCGGCGUCUGAAGUCGGCGCUGCUUACAAAGUAUCCGUCAAAACUGUCCAGCUGGCAUUGGAAAGCUCCAUCGAGCUCGUUACUUCUCAACACUCCCGUCUAUAA